AUGCGCCCACCCCUGAUUGAGACCUUAAUUUUGGCAUUUUGUCUGUCCCUAAAUCGUUGGAUUAGAGACCGGCGCGUGACGGGAUCACGACUGGAUUUUCCGGGAUCCCGGAUUUUUUCGGGAUUUGUCCCUCCCGGCAUCGAUUUAAUACUUUGCAAUGGCCCAGCAAUUUGUCUACCAAUUUGUUUAUUUGCCCGUCUCUUCAAUUUUUUAAGAAUAAAAAGAAUUAAAAUUAUUUUUGUCGAGUCAAUAUGUAGAGUCCAAACACUUUCACUUACUGGACGUAUUCUUUAUCAUUUAAAUAUACCAAAUGCUUUUCUUGUUCAAUGGCCUUCUUUAAAAGAGAAAUACAACAAAACUCAAUUUAUUGGCCGCCUUGUCUAA